CUGGAAGUUGUCAGCGUCGUUGGCAAAGCUGUUUGCGCAGGCGCGGCACUGACAGCCGCUCUCUACUUGAUCCGCAGAGUGUGUUUAAUGAUGGCCUGGAAAUCAGGAGGAGCCAGCCACGCCGAGCUCGUCAACAACCUCCGCAAAAAUGGGAUCAUCAAAUCAGACAAGGUCUACGAGGUCAUGCUGGCCACCGACCGAGCCCAUUUCUCCAGAUGCAACCCCUACAUGGACUCCCCACAGUCAAUAGGAUAUCAAGCAACUAUCAGUGCUCCUCACAUGCAUGCCUAUGCCCUGGAGUUGCUGCACGACCAGCUCCAGGAGGGGGCCAAGGCUCUGGACGUGGGAUCGGGCAGCGGAAUCCUCUCUGUGUGCUUCGCACGAAUGGUGGGUCCCAAGGGAAAAGUAAUAGGAAUCGAUCACAUCAAGGAGCUGGUAGACGAUUCAAUAAACAACGUGAAAAAAGACGACCCCAGCCUGAUAACUUCGGGCAGAGUGAAGCUAAUCGUGGGGGACGGACGGUUGGGGUACACGGAGGAGGCGCCUUAUGAUGCCAUCCACGUGGGAGCGGCGGCGCCUAGCGUGCCCCAGGCGCUCCUGGACCAGCUGAAGCCCGGAGGCAGGCUGAUCCUGCCAGUGGGCCCGGCCGGGGGAAACCAGAUGCUGGAACAGUACGACAAAAUGGAGGACGGGAGCACCAAAAUGAAGCCCCUGAUGGGGGUGAUUUACGUGCCUUUAACAGACAAAGACAAGCAGUGGUCCAGGUGGAAGUGACUUCCCUACUCCCUCUCUCCCCUCCUUUCCAGGGUGGCAAAGGGAUGAACUGUGAAGAUUCAGAGCGUCAGUAUCCUGCAUUUCAGCGUGCACCCGCAGUGGACUUCUCAAGUCUCAGCAGCCACUGGAUUUCAAAACAAAAACGUUGAUAACCAACACAUCGGAAUUUGCGUGUGUGUGUGUGUGUGUGUGUGUGUGUGUGAGUGUGUGAGAGUGUGUAUGUGUGUGGUG